GGUGGAGGGCGGAGGAGCUGGAUAGCACGCUUGCGCGGCUGUCACAGGGCUGCUUGGUUGGUCAGUGGGGAGUCGGCGCCUGCGUACUAAGACCCGUGUGCAGCAGCGGCGGCGGCGGUAGAGGCGGCGGCGGCAGCAGCGGGCUCGGAGGCAGCGGUUGGGCUCGCGGCGAGCGGACCGGGUUGAGUCAGUGCGUUCGCGCGAGUUGGAAUCGAAGCCUCUUAAAAUGGCAGAUGAUUUGGACUUCGAGACAGGAGAUGCAGGGGCCUCAGCCACCUUCCCGAUGCAGUGCUCAGCAUUACGUAAGAAUGGUUUUGUGGUGCUCAAAGGCCGGCCAUGUAAGAUCGUCGAGAUGUCUACUUCCAAGACUGGCAAGCAUGGCCAUGCCAAGGUCCACCUGGUUGGUAUCGACAUCUUUACUGGGAAGAAAUACGAAGAUAUCUGCCCGUCAACUCAUAACAUGGAUGUGCCCAACAUCAAAAGGAAUGACUUCCAGCUGAUUGGCAUCCAGGACGGGUACCUAUCGCUGCUCCAGGACAGCGGGGAGGUGCGAGAGGACCUCCGUCUGCCUGAGGGAGACCUUGGGAAGGAGAUUGAGCAGAAGUACGACUGUGGAGAAGAGAUCCUGAUCACAGUGCUGUCAGCCAUGACAGAGGAGGCAGCUGUAGCAAUCAAGGCCAUGGCAAAAUAACUGGCUCCAGGGUGGUGGCAGCGGUGGCAGCAGCGAUGUGAUCCUCAGCCUGCAGAGGCCCCUCCCCCAGCCUGGCCCCACUCUGGCCUGGUCCUUGGCUGGACUCCUACACAAUUUAUUUGAUGUUUUAUUUUGGUUUCCCCUACCCCUUCAAUCUGUCGGGGAGCCCCUGCCCUUCACCUAGCUCCCUUGGCCAAGAGCUAGUGAGCAGUGGCCUUGGUGAAGCUGCCUGCCUCCUCUCCCCUCACACUACAGCCCUGGUGGGGGAGAGGAGGUAGGUGCUGCUCGUGGUCUAGUUGUUUUUUUUUUUUUUUUUUUUUUUUUUAAUUCAAUCUGGAAUCGGAAAGCUGUGGAUUCUGGCAAAUGGUCCCAGUGCCCUUCCCCUUCUCAGCCCUAGUCUGGUCUGCUCCUCAUAGCACCCACCCCAAGUACCUCCCCACCAGACUGGGGGCCAGUCCCCUCCCUUGCCUGGGUCUCUCCCCAAGCCCUUAAAACGGGGGAAGGAAGGGGAGGGGACCUGCCCCCUUGUCGGGCAUCUGGGAGGCCCUGCCCCCAUGGGCUUCACCCUUUCCCUGCGGGCUCUUCCCCGACACAUUUGUUAAAAAUCAAACCUGAAUAAAACUACAAGUUUAAUAUGAA